AUGAUUCCACGGCAGGAUGAUGAGGAGACACCUCUUCUGCAACGACCAGAGCCAUCAACAGCCUCUAGAACACCUCUACCAUGGGAUCAGUUUUCAAUUGUACUGUUCUUGGAGAUGUUAGAUCCUCUCUCUUCUGGUACCCUUUCUCCGUUUAUUCCCGAACUCAUUAGACACAUCGGGGUGACUCACGGAAAUGAGUCCCAGGUUGGUCACUAUGUCGGCAUCCUUGUAAGGAUAUCUUCAUCGUUACUGCCCCUUCAUUCGUUUCUGAUACCCCCCGAGCAAUCAUCAUACUAUGUGGCUCAUGCACUGACUAUCUUUCAUUGGAGUCAACUGUCCGACCACAUCGGGCGGAAACCCGUGAUACUCAUAGCUCUAUUAGCAAUUUCUCUUUCGAUGUUCUCAUUUGGGAUCUCGAAAACCUUUCUUGAUCUGGUGGUCAGUCGUGUUAUCUGUGGAGCAUUCAAUGCAAGCAAUGGUAUCCUCAAAACCAUGGCGAUGGACAUCACUGACGCAACUAAUAUGCCUGAGGCAUAUGGCUAUGUACCAAUUCCGUGGAUGAUCGCAAACACAGUUGGACCAAUCAUCGGAGGAUCGCUCUCCCGACCGGCAGAUAGAUUUCCUGACAUCUUUGGGCGAUCAGAACUCCUGAAAACCUACCCAUAUCUCCUGCCACGCUCUAUUUCGGCAUUUGUUUCAUCAAUAGCUUGGCUAGUCACGUAUUUUCGUCUUAAAGAGAGCAUUUCUAUCAAGGCACCACUUUGGGAACUGAUUAAAGGAGGAUUGUCCCGACAGCCAUCAAGCGAUGUUAUAGUCAAUCCUGGAGAAAUUCAACCAAAGCCUCUUCCACUGCGUGCCUUGCUGACCUCGAAAGUUUCGAGCGUAACAGUGAGCUAUGGCACCACAGCCCUGCUUCACAUGUCGUUCAUGUCUGUCCUACCUGUUUUCUAUGCGACACCGAUUGAACUUGGCGGUCUGUCCCUCGAACCUCCUCGCAUUGGCGUUUUACUUGCGGCACAAAGUGUCGCACAUGGCGUAUUUCAGCUACUUUUCUUUGCUCGUUUACAUGAUUACUUCGGUGCAAGAGCUAUCCAUAUCACCGGCGUUAGCUCCGGCAUCCCUAUCGUCCUUCUAUUUCCAGCGAUCAAUGCUCUAGCUCGAGCCUAUGGGAUAGGUAUGGCGGUUUGGCUGUGUGUUGCCCUCCAGCUUAUGCUGACGAUCAGCCUGAUCAUGUGCUAUCCUUGCAUGUCAUUGUUUGUCAGAGCUGCCACUCCCAGUCGCGCCUCGUUUGGAGCAACCAAUGGAAUCACCCAGUUGGCUGGCUCAGUAGCAAGGAUCAUUGGCCCGGCGUCUGCAGCUUCGGUCUUCUCUUAUUCACUGCAGGAAGGGCGUGAUGCGUGGUUGAUAUACUACUUCUUGAUCAUAAUUGUAUGUCUCGCAGUUGGUACUGCUCUAUUACUUCCCCGUAAUCCUGCUGUAUGGGAAGAUUACGAAUGA